ACGAACUGAUCCCUGCGACGGAGCGGAAAAAAUUGUGGUCCCGUUUUCCCCCACCUGCAAAAAUCGUACUUGGGCAGAAAUCGUCGGUUUUCAAAAGAGGAAAUCUGCUCGUGCCAUGCCUGAGCGAAGCGGUUGGACGACGGUACGCCGCCGACGGUGCAACGACGUGCAAUCGUUUCGAUGGACGUGAGAGUGGCAGGAUCCCUAUCUGCGUCCCACGUGUCUCCGAUGCGGAGCCCUAUGGCAGAGCUGCACGAGGGCCGGCAGAGGGCGCUGGAACUCAGCCUUCACCUCCUCAAGACCUAUUCUUCGUACAAUGCCGGCCUACAGGGAAACCCACACCACACGACGCAGCAUCACCACGCACCCAAGACCGAACUCAGUCCUACGUCAGAAUCCCUCAAGCCUUCGGACCCUUCGGCCCCUUCUCAACACGGCGUCACCCUCCAAGUGCUGGAGCCCGCCGUUCCCUCUAAUACUCACAGUGGGGGAAUUUCAACCCCCGGAGGCCCUCCGCAAACCCCUUCGCACCACGUCGGGGGCUCCAUAGGAGCAUCGAACACCAUGGUGCACGGAGAUGGGACCGAGAAGCCAGCCAAACAGAAGCGACACCGGACGAGGUUUACACCGGCCCAGCUUCAAGAGUUGGAGAGGAGCUUCUCAAAGACCCAUUAUCCAGACAUCUUCAUGAGGGAGGAAUUGGCCAUGAGGAUUGGUCUUACAGAGUCCAGGGUUCAGGUCUGGUUCCAGAACAGAAGAGCUAAGUGGAAAAAACGUAAGAAGUCGACGAACGUGUUCCGGAGCCCCGGUUCCCUGUUACCCUCCCACAGCCUUCCCCCUUUCGGGUCCGUCGGUGGGGCAGACAGCCUCAGUGCAUUUGGAGCGGACGCAGGUCCACCCCGUUGGGCUCCCCACGCAGUGCCCCAGAUGCCCCCUUUGGGACCCUCACUCGGCCGCCAGCCAGGAUUACCUCCGCCGACCUCCAUGGCAGCUGCAGCAGCCAUAGGGCAGGCGGCAAAUUCCUGUGGUCCACCCGACUUUGGAAACUGCUACAACUCAUUACAGUCAUGGAAUAUGUUGGACACAAACAUAUUAUGGAACUAGGGGUCGUUUUUUAUAGGUGUUGACGUGCUGAGCUGACAUCCUGUACAUACCAACGCCGUCGAGCAGAGCCGUCUGCAACCUAAAGAAGCAGAAACACCACCGCAGACUACCGCUUCAAAAUAUCGUCUGCCAUUCGGUGUUUCCGUUCUAACUUUUACGCCGGCGCUACAUCGAGCAGAACGAUUCCGUGCCUGCUUCCGUUGCCAUGACAACGGUCGUGCCGCUGAAGCGAGCAUGUGCAGUGUGCUUCCUGCCUCCGUUGCUAAGCGACAGCUUCCGCACUUCGACGUCCCCUAUUGCGACGCUCAUGAGAAGCACGGAGAAAUUGCGUCUGCUUCUAUCGCCAUCGCAGCUCGGUGACCUGAACCGCAGCGUGACACCGCUUGAUACUCUAGAUGGGAUGAUAAGUGACGUCUGUUGUAAAGACUGCGACGUCAUCGAAAGACGUAGUGCGUGUGUGUGCGUGUGUGUGUUCUGUCUGUUUCAAGAAACGGACGGGACAUUCUGUUUCUUCAUUACUGAGCUUACAUAUUGGAAUGGGUCGGAUCACGUGCAAUGCUCACAAUUUUAUGGAGUUCUUUGAGAAUUUCUAUAAUCAAGUUACUAUAUUUUUCUGUAUAUUUUCCUUUGUUCUCUUAUCCAAUGCAUUCUGUGAUGCGUAGGCAGGGGUAGUUAAUUUAUUUUUCAUGCCUCUCCAACGAAUUUAUGUUCCUAAAACGGGCUGAAUGAGUGACUGAUUAGACAUCAAGUAUUCUAAAUUUACCCAGGGAUUACUGAAAACAAAAGCAAGAAAAAACUGUGUUAUUUCAAACUCGCUAGGCAUGGCAAUUGUAUACAUCCAACCAAUUCGCAAAAGCCCAGUGUAAAUGAUAAAUUAAUUUGCGACCGGAAUGCACCAGAAUAGCCUUGCGAAUUUAUAAAAAUAAGAGAUUUUGCACCUUCUUUCACCCCUUGUUUACCAGAAACUGUGCUGAAGUCUGGACAUCUUCAUCACAAUAUGUUUGCAAAAGUCACCCGUUGAAUCCGUAAGUUUAAUCUUAUUUAAACUGUUCCAAUAUCUCGCUUGCCAGCCUUGAGUGUGCAUCCCCUACAAGACAGAAUGUGUCACGACUGAGAACAUUCGGAUAAAGUUCCUGAAUUAAUA